AUGCACUUUCGGCCUGUUCGUUUCUCUUGCCACCAGAUUGCGCUUUCCGUUCGGGUGCUCCAGCCCAAUCCAAUCCAUUCUUGGGUUCACCUAACGAGGGCUGAAGCUACCUUGGCAGAAACGAAGCAUUUGUCAACCUAUUUGAACGCUUUUUGGGUGCAAAUUGAGAUGAUGGCUGCGGAACGGGAGGUGAAUGAGCUUAGUGAGGCAGUUAGAGGGCUGUUUGCGAUAGUGAGAAGGGAAAUGGAUGAAAUCAAAGAAGAGUUGGCAAGGGAGAGGGAGGAGAGGAGAAGGGAGGUGCAGGAGUUGAACUGGCCACGUGUCAUGAAGGAGUUGGCAGCUUGUAAGGAAUGGCAGAACGUUCAAGACAUGAAGCUGAAUAUUGAGCUGGAAAUGAGGGAGAGCGAAGGCGAUCGGAAGAAAGCAUUGAAGGCGAUUAAGGCGGCAUCACAAGCGACCCAGUUGACGCUGAGUAGGCUGGCAGGGAGUGAUGGUGGAGUGGGAGGUGAGGUGAGGGGGGAUGUGGCUGUGUUUUGGUAG